CUCCAUCCUCCGUACCUCCAGCUCUCUCCUCCCCUGCAGUCGCUUCUCUCUCUCGGAUCGGAUCUAGCGCUUGUACCGGACAGGAUGGCACCGAGCGGGCUGAAGGCGGUGGUGGGAGAAAAGAUCAUGCACGAUGUCAUCCGUAAGGUUAAGAAGAAAGGAGAGUGGAAGGUGCUGGUUGUGGAUCAGCUCAGUACCCGUAUGCUGUCCUCCUGCUGCAAGAUGACUGACAUUAUGACUGAAGGAAUUACAAUCGUUGAAGACAUUAACAAGCGGAGGGAGCCACUUCCUAGCCUGGAGGCCGUGUAUUUGAUCACACCAUCCGAAAAGUCUGUUCACUCUCUCAUCAAUGACUUCAAAGAUCCUCCUUCCGCUAAGUACCGAGCGGCACAUGUCUUCUUUACUGACUCUUGUCCAGACAGUCUGUUCAAUGAGCUGGUGAAGUCACGAGCAUCCAAGGUCAUCAAGACUUUGACGGAGAUAAACAUUGCCUUUCUUCCUUACGAGUCCCAGGUUUUCUCCCUGGAUUACCCUGACUCCUUCCACAGUUUUUACAGCCCCCAUAAGGCUCAGAUGAAGAAUCCCAUCCUGGAACGUCUUGCUGAACAGCUUGCCACCCUGUGUGCUACCUUGAAAGAGUACCCAGCCGUACGCUACCGUGGAGAUUACAAGGAUAAUGCGAUGCUUGCACAGCUGAUCCAAGAUAAGCUCGAUGCAUACAAGGCUGAUGAUCCAACUAUGGGGGAGGGUCCGGAUAAAGCGCGCUCCCAGCUCAUCAUCCUGGAUCGCGGUUUUGAUCCUGCUUCUCCAGUCCUGCAUGAGUUAACAUUCCAGGCCAUGAGCUACGAUCUCCUUCCAGUGGAGAAUGAUGUCUAUAAAUAUGAGACCAGUGGUAUAGGGGAGCAGCGUGUCAAGGAGGUCCUGCUAGACGAAGAUGAUGAACUCUGGGUGGGCUUGCGUCAUAAGCACAUCGCCGAGGUGUCCCAAGAAGUGACUCGCUCCCUAAAGGACUUCUCCUCCAGCAAGAGGAUGAACACAGGUGACAAGACCACCAUGAGAGAUCUUUCCCAAAUGCUGAAGAAGAUGCCUCAGUAUCAGAAGGAGCUCAGCAAGGUUCCACUCACAUAUUAACACCCAUCAAAUUCCUUCAAGACCUCAGACACCCAGACUUCCGAGACAGCAGUCGGGUGUCAUUCGAGGACCCGGCUCCCAUCAUGGAGUGAGGUCUAGCGAGCUGGGACAAAAAGCUCCACCCAUGUCCUCACCCCUCAGAAACUCCUGGACGCCCUGAAGAGAUUGAAUAAGACAGAUGAUGAGAUCAGCAGUUAGGUUUCCCCUAAACCCCCAAACUCUCAUAGCUCUCCCCCCCUUAUCCGUUCCUGCUCCCCCACCAGCUGUUGAGGAUCAGUCUUCUUCGGUUCUUCUUUGCCCCCCCCCCAGCAAAAAAGGGAGUCCUAACCCCAGUACCACCCCAUCCCGCCCUACUCGUAAACCAAUGCGAAUUAUUGGCCUUUGAUCAAGGCUUCUUAUCAUUACGGCAUGGAUGUACUUUUGGCCAUUUUGUACUCCCCCCCCCCUUUCCCCAUCGAGCCCUCCCUCCUGCAUUGUGGCGAUUGUAACCGUCUGUUCGUCCUGAAAUUUGUAAUGACACCAGUGAUUUUUGGAAUAUUGCCUAUUUUUCACGCAUUACAUUCCGGGUACCUGUAUACACCGCGUGCACUGAGAUCUUUUCCGUUGUGCAAUUGCGUUGCUUUGCAGCCGAAACCCUUCUUCUCCAUAUGCAACCUGUACCAGGGAUGUGCACAGGUUGACUAGAAAGGGGGCUUGAAGCCCCUGCCCUUUUCCUGUUCCUGGGCAGACUGGCAUGUGGGCAUUUAUAUAAAUAAUUAUAAGUGCCCAUUUUUAUUUAUAAUUUUUUUUAUUUUUAUUUUUUGAGUUCAGCCCCUGCCCCCCAAAAUGUCUGUGCACGUCCCUGACCUGUACUGCAACAUAGUCUGGGGGGCGGUCAUAGAACGCUUCUCUUCAUGUCUUUCUAUGCAGUUUCCCACAAUGCACUUUGCAAUGCUCCUCUGCCUAUCUAUCAAAAAAAAAUUGAAGCAGAGUGUUCCAGCCUGCAGCAACUAAAGCCCCCCACCCCCACCCCUUAUCGCCAUGCGAUAAAGCACAACCGACCGAGGGGUUAACUAUCCGGUGACGCCACGUAUCUCGAUCACAGUCUAGAACGCGCCACAUCCCACGCCCAUUGACGUGUAUGUCCAAACGCCAUUGGUCCCAAGCGAACCUUCCCGACCCCGGUACCCACCAACCGAUUUGUUAUCUGUUCAUGAAAUGCGUGUUUUCUGUAUUCGAGUGAGCUUGUCCCCCCUCCCCCCCACUACUUGGAAACGAAUGCUUGCAUCCUUAAUGUGUGUAGCAACCUAAAUGUCUGAGUUUGGUUUCCGUCCUAAUAUAUAUAUAUAUAUAUAUAUAUAUAAAGAGAUAUUUAUGUUUUUAGAUAGAAGGGGUGAGGCUAAGGCCUUGACUGCGCCAGACUGCAACCUUAACUUAUUGUGGCCGUUUAAAUCACUGUUUCGCCUAAAUAAUAGCCAGGAAUGGAAAGCGGGCGCCGAGCCGUCAAGAAAGGACGUUGCGAUCUGUGAUGUUAUAAUCCAUUGCUGCUUAUACCACAUCUGUACACGUUUUGUUCCGUAUGGAUAGGGGACAAACCCAGGACACAACCCUCAGCCUCACUCCUCCCUUUUCCUGUAAUAUUCGUUCUGUGAUAAAGUUUGUCAUUUUUGCCUGCAAAUAAUAAAGAGGUUUUAAAAAGCAUGAAAAAAAA